AUGUCUGUCUCCAACGGAGAAGCGGCCCAGUCGACGGGAAUCAAAGUGGUGAUCGUUGGCGCAGGCUUUGGUGGAUUGACUGCUGCUAUUGAAUGUCAUCGCCAAGGGCACAGCGUGGAGAUCUACGAAUCAUUCCCAGAGCUCAAGUCACUCGGCGAUAUUAUUUCCUUCGGUCCAAAUGCUGGUCGCAUCUUCCGUCGUUGGUCCGACGGUGCUGUCGCAGAUAAAAUGAAGCCUCUCAGCAUCAACCUAGAAAAUCACGGCUUCAAGAUUCACAAGUGGACGGGCGAGCUUAUGCACACACAAUUGGCUCAUAACAAUGACCCAGAGGCCCCAGUUUUUAAUGGCCACCGAGGUGAACUGCAUACUGUGAUUUUUAAAUAUGCCAAGGAUGAUCUCGGAAUUCCUAUUCAUCUAGGCCAGAGGGUGGUGGAGUAUUUCGAGGAUGAGAAUCAAGCUGGAAUCGUUCUUGAGAACGAGACUCGUGUCACCGCAGACCUCGUCAUCGGUGCAGAUGGUGUACGCUCGAAAGCACGAGAGCUGGUCCUGGGCUAUGUUGACAAGCCCAAGUCUAGUGGUUAUGCGAUCUUCCGAGCUUGGUUCUCAAACGAGGACAUGAUGCGCGAUCCACGGACCAGACACUUCUGCGAAAACGGCGAUACCUUCAAUGGAUGGAUUGGACCCGAUGUUCACUUCCUCUUCUCCACAAUCAAGAAUGGACAAGACUGCUGCUGGGUUCUCACACACAAGGACGAAGCCGACAUCGCCGAAUCCUGGCAACUUCCUGGUAAACUCGAAGACGUGUACAAGGUGAUUGACGGAUGGGAUCCCAUCUGCAGGGCCAUCGUUGAGAAAACACCCUCGCUCGUCGAUUGGAAACUUGUGUAUCGGGAUCCACUUCCUCGCUGGGUGAGUGACCACGGACGUAUAGCGUUGCUUGGAGACUCGGCACAUCCUUUCCUCCCCACCUCCGCACAGGGAGCGACGCAAGCUAUGGAAGACGGAGUUGUGCUUGCUGUUUGCUUGAAAGAAGGUGGAAAGAACAACGUGCCUGAUGCUGUGCGAGCUUAUCAAGAUAUUCGAUAUGAGCGUGUGAAGGCUGUGCAGAAGACUGGAGAGACCACUCGGGAUAUGUGGCAUAAGGCAGACUGGGAGCAGGUUAAGAAAGAUCCAUCAUCGAUCCAACUUCCCCGUGAAGACUGGAUUUUCCGAUUUGAUGCGGAAAACAAUGCGAGGGAGUCAUUUGAGUCGGCUCUGCGGAAGGUGCAGGUGGUGAACUAG